AUGGGAAACCACACCACUGUCACUGAGUUUGUCCUCCUGGGGCUCUCAGAUGCCUGUGAGCUGCAGAUGCUCAUCUUCCUGGGGCUCCUCUUGACCUACCUCCUCACUCUACUGGGCAAUCUCCUCAUCGUGGUCGUCACCCUCAUAGACAGGCGCCUCCACACUCCCAUGUACUAUUUCCUUCGCAACUUUGCUAUCCUGGAGAUCUGGUUUACCUCAGUCAUCUUCCCCAAAAUGCUGACCAAUAUCCUGAUCGGAUAUAAGACCAUCUCCCUACUAGGCUGUUUCAUACAAAGUUUCCUGUAUUUCUUCCUGGGCACAACAGAGUUCUUCCUACUGGCAGUGAUGUCCUUUGACAGGUAUGUGGCCAUAUGUAAUCCCUUGCGUUAUGCCACCAUCAUGAGCAAAAGGGUCUGUGUCCAGCUAGUGCUUUGUUCAUGGAUGACAGGAUUCAUCCUCAUCAUCAUUCCAACUUUCAUCGCAUUUCAGCAGCCAUUUUGUGGCCCCAAUAUCAUCAAUCAUUUCUUCUGUGACAGCUUUCCACUCCUGGAACUCAUAUGUGCAGAUACAAGUCUGAUAGAGCUUCUGGGCUUUAUUGUGGCCAACUUCAGCUUACUGGGCACUCUGUCUGUGACGGCCACCUGCUAUGGCCACAUCCUCUACACCAUCCUACGCAUCCCCUCAGCCAAGGAGAGGCAGAAAGCCUUCUCAACCUGUUCCUCCCACAUCAUUGUUGUGUCUCUCUUCUAUGGCAGCUGCAUCUUCAUGUAUAUCCGGUUGGGCAAGGGUGACCAGGGGAAGGACAGGAACAAGGUUGUGGCCUUGCUCAACACAGUGGUGACCCCGAUGUUUAACCCCUUCAUCUACACCCUGAGGAACAAGCAAGUGAAACAGGUAUUCAGUGAGAAAAUGAACAAGUUCCUCUUAAAAAGAUGAGCUGGCCUGACCAGCAUGGCUCAGUGGUUGAGUGUUGAUCUAUGAACCAGGAGAUCAUGGUUCAAUUCCUACUCAGGGCACAUGCUCGGGUUGCGGGCUCCAUCCUAGAGGCAGCCAAUCAAUGACUCUCUCUCAUCAUCGAUGUUUCUCUCUCUCUCUUCCUCUCCCUUCCUCUCUGAAAUCAGUAAAAAUAUGUAUAUUUUUUAAAAAGAUGAGCUGGACCUGAGGAAAGGGGAAAAUUGCCUCCUUUUCUCUGCAAAUACAGCUCUUGUCCUGAUCUCCAUGAACUAUCCCCUCCUAGACAGUUUUUUACCUUGUACUCAAAUCUAUAGGGCUUUCUUACAUGUAUCAUUAGUGACUUAUGCAAUUUUGUCAGAGAAUACAAAAAAACUCAAUAUACCACUACCAUGUCUGCUAUGUCUUAAUGUUUCUGACC